GGGGGGAAGGAAGAAAGAGAGCACAAAGCAGUAAGCUCGUAGAGAAGAAGUGAGAGUUGAGGCAGAGGAAGAGGAAAAGGGUUCGUGGAAAAAGGAACAACAUAAAGAAAAUAAAAGGACAGACACUCAACAGACACGCCGAUGAUCAUCCAUCAUCUUUAGGAACAUAUUUUAAGAGCGAGAGAAAGCAAAGUAAAUUCGUCGACAUGAUGAAGUUGUGGAGUCGCCUCUGCUUCCUCGUUCUAGCAACUUCUUCAAUUUCCAGAGGACAAAAUGUAACUGCUGUUUCUCAAGAUGGUCCUGUCCUUACUACUUCCCCACCACUGAUGUUAGCAAAUGCAACUCAAAAUGACGCUGCCCGCACACCGCCCACUCCUUCUCCUCAGACUCAAACCUCAGUGAAUGCAACAGAUCUGUCUUCACAAAACAUAACGACUCCAGAAAAAGGACCACAGAGUACAGACGACGUGGUUACAACACAGGAAGUCAAUGGCAAAGCAGCGCAGACGACAGCCCCGGUCAGCACCGCGGGAGGCGGGAGGGAUGGUGUCACUACUGUGACGACAGUCGCCAUAGCGACGACCAGUGCCUCACCGACAACAGCAGCAAUCGCAAGCACAGCAGGUUCGUCCUGGGGUUACGCGAUCCUGGUAUUGAUCAUCCUGGUGAUCAUUGUUCUGUGUGCCAUCCUCUACUUUCUCAGGAGAGUCUCCAGGACGUACUCGUUUGACCUCCAUCGUCAGGUUCCCGCCAACCAUCUUGACGAACCCAUCGGCACCUUUGAACCAGUCUACCUGGAUGACCUGGAUCAACCAGCUCCUAAAGACCAAGUGACCACCGAUGACCUUUCACCUCCUCCAGUAUCCAACGGCACACCUUUACAGUCGGAGGAACACGGCUCCAAUGGAGAGACCGCUCCACAGGAACAGCCAGAUGCAAACGGUCUGCAGCCUUCACCCGCCAGUAACUCCAGUCCCUCGCUGGACGACAACCCGGCUGAUAAGACUCCCAGCCCACUGAGCAGUACCAACCUGUUCUUCGAUGGUAUUGGGGAGGAGCAGCAGAACGAAAACAACAACAACCCAUCGGUUUGUUCCAGUGACCCAUUUGUUGAAAUAAACCUUGACGAACCGGCGUGGUGCGAUCAGUUCCUAACCUCCCCUGAAGCUUCAUCUUCUGUUCUCCCCUUCACUCCUUUCUCCUUCUCUUCCUCUCCCUCUUCUUCUUAGCACCUUCAAUGAUGACCCCAAGUUCAACCUGGAAACAAAACAUAAAAGCCAGGAGGAUUUUUGACUUUUAUUUCCAGCCUGCUCGCAACUAGCCAGAAAUAUCUGCCAGUUCAGGCGUAUAAAUCUCAGCCUACAGGCUGUAAACAUAAAAAGCUAGCUUUAGCAUUUUGUUGUGGUGCAUUUAGAUGCAUUUAGUAAAAUAUACAGUCUGAUAAGGUCGUUUUUAUCGAAAUGUUUUGACACAGUAACCUUAUUGUCCUCGCUUCAGCAGACACAUGUUAGCUCAGGUUACCUGGACUCUUCGUUAGCUAGCUAAGCUAACGAGCUAGCAUGAUGACUAGGCAUUUUUAGCUGGAGCCUUUAAUAGUAGCACACUUUAUUUUAUUUCAGUUUAACAUUAGUUAGUAGUCUUUUAAUUGCUAUAAUCAGCUUGACGCAGUUUCUCAAACUACAGCAAUAUGCUAACAAGCUAUUAAUAAACUUUAAUUUCUACUGCAUUUCUGUGGCCCUGUAGAGACAAAAUAAUGUGAGCCACAGUUACUGUACGUAUGUUUUCUAUAUGAUAAAAGUAUAGAUACAUGCUGUUUGUUGUGAUUUGCAGUAUUUGUUUUGACAUUUUCUAAUGAAUAGGCCUCAAUCUUUUUUUUUUUUGUUUAUAGGCUAGAAAACAAUGCAAGAGAAAUAAAUAAAAUACAUUUCACUGCUGUAUUUUGCUUUUUUUUUAGGUAAGCUUUGGAUCAAACUGACAUACAAGUGUAUAACUUAUUGUUUUACAGUAAAACUGAUGUUUUUCAUUUAUUUUGUUUUUGUCAUAAAUACGUGUUUUUCCAGUGGCUUAUCAUUUGCCUUUUCUUCCAGCCAUUAAGCCAGUAACAAUUCUUUAUUUAGAGUUUUUAUUCUACUUAUAAAAGAAAAACAGUUUGUUUUUGCUGUAACUCUUGUACACUCUGUAAUAAAGCUGUAAAAAUUUAAUAAAAAAACUUUUA